GGCAGUGAGCCGCGUCUGGGAAAUGUCAUCAGUCAUCCUUAAUGGAGGAAACAGACUUCAGACAAUCAAUAAUGUUAUUCUUUGAGCUCUGAAAUAACAGAGCCGGAGCUCGUUGUUUUUGCUGUUUGUGCGCGAACAGGACUCCAGGUCUCGCAGCAGUAAGUGACUAAAUCGGCUUUUGAGAAUCCACAGGUUCCUUUUUUUUCUUUUUUUUUCCCCAAGAAGACAUUUCUACUGACGUUUCUGGAUGGAUCCGGACUGAAUGACAUCAGCUGUGGGCGAAGAGGAAACAGGUCCUAUUAAUCGGCGUUUCACGACUUGAUCAUUUCUCCGAGUGGAGGAAAUGAUGAAGUUAGUUCUUCACAUGCUAAUGAUGCACGAGCCGCUGGUCGCUGGGAGGCUUUGAUUCGUACGUCAACGCGAAAGAAAAUAACCUCAGUCGAUCAACUGUUUUGGGGUUUCGUAACCUGAAAAUCUUCUAGUUGGUAUUUUCAGUCGCGGUGGGAGAAGUUUCCUACGCUCUCGUCUACCGAGGAGAGGCGCUGUCCGUAGUCCUGAAGUCAUUCCAACAACCGCUAUCUGAUCCCAGACCUCCUGUGAAGACGACUUCGAAUAAAGCAAAAAAAGUUAAAGAGACACUCUCCACCAGCAGCUCCAGGAAGAGCUGAAUAUGAGAACUCAAUACAGAGUUCAUCUUCCCACUUUGGUACUUUUGGUUUUUCUCGUCCCCCCGAGCAGGCCGGUAUGUGUCGAUGUCCCGUCGGACACAGAGGCCGUGCUGGGGACAUCCAUGAAGUUGACCUGCAUCUCCUGCAUGAAGAGGGAGGAGGUCAAAGCAAAGACAUAUGUGAAUUGGUACUACAUUGCACAAAAAGAGGAAGACGACAAACUGGAGAAAACCCAUAUAUACAAAUAUGAGGAUAAUGUUGCAGAAGAAGUGGAUGGACCUUUUAAAGGCCGUCUGACCUGGAAUGGGAGCCAAGACUUGCAAGAAAUGUCCAUUCGAAUCAAAAACGUCACCUUUAACGACAGCGGUCUCUAUGAGUGCCACGUUCGUCGUGACUUCGAGUUUGGCUUCUUCAGUCCCUCGUUCUCCAUUAUCAAGAACAUCACUCUGAAUGUGAAGAAGAAAGCCACUGCAGACCCCACGGCAAUCUACUCCGAGAUCAUGAUGUAUGUGCUGCUCGUGUUCUUGACCUUCUGGCUGCUGGUAGAAAUGGUCUACUGCUACAGGAAGAUCUCAAAGUCUGAUGAGCAGGCACAGGACACGGCGACAAACUACCUAGCCAUUCCUUCUGAGCAGAAAGACAAUCCAGCAGCUCCUGUUACCGAAUAAAAGCAGUUGUCGUUGACACGGUAUUGACCACUCACGAUGGGGCUCCAGUAUCAUGUGACAUGAAGGCGUCAUACCCCCAGACAGCCAUGGGAAUCCUGCCAACCGACCUCCCCCGUGUACGGCCUAUGUCUUGUGAAGAGCCAGUCACAAGCUUCCGAGUGCUCCCGAUUUUCCUCCCUCUCUGUCUGUCUUUUCUAUCUUCGUGCCAGACAGUGCUUUUACAAAUACAUCAGGUUAAAGAACAAACAUGUCCAUCACUUACUAUCAGAUAAGUGCCAGCCACGCUUCAUUUGGAUCUGCCAGAGUAGACAUCCUAGUAGUGGGUAGUGCCUCUGUGCUUUACAUAUGAUCCCUGGAAAGAAUCUGUCCUAUUGUUGUCAAGGCUGUUAAUAUAUAUAUAUAUAUAAGUAUAUCAACUCUGUGGAACAUGUUUAGUUUUCUUUUCUUACACUUUUAUAGAUUCGCAGAGAUUUUGGGUCACAGUUUUAUUUGUAUUGGCCAAAACAAUUUUUCAGGAAAUGGGAUUGCACAGCUUUUAUACCGUAUGGAUGUGCGUUUGUUCCCAUUUCGUUGUAUGCAUCGAUGAAACAAAUAUGUAACGGAAACACACUACAGGAAUACAAAUGAUAUUGUAUCAAGCCAAUACUGUUGAAUUCAUCUAGAGCAGUGGUUCCCACCCUUUUUUUCUUGGAGCACCCCCUAUUUGUAUCCGAGAAAAGCGGGGCUUCAUCCCUCCUAGCUCCUAGCUUAAUUUUUCCGAGUUUGAUGACGCCUUCACAAAAACUUGGGAAUUCUGUAUUCCAACUCGGAAAGACUUCCAAUACCGUUCACUUUACAGGUUAACUUGGAAGAGAAAAGAUAAGUUUGGUAUUGUCACCAUUUGCCCACGCCCACCCUACUUCUGAUUAGCUAGUGAUGUUAGCAACUGACUGCUUGAUCCUGUCAAUAUCCCACAUCAACAUUUUUUUCUGAAUGUUGGUUGGGAACCACUGAUCUAGAGGUCUUUCCUAUAUAUUAAUCUUUAAUCCGUGUUCUGCACCGAUGUCAAAGUGCAUUCAAUAGGUUGAAUCUUACUUACUGCAUACAAUCAGGCUACAUUUCCUCCUUGAAGCUUUGACUGUUGCCGAUGUUCUGUAGUAGCCCUGCUAUAUUGUGCCUGUUUCUAUAGUACAACACUGUAGAAAUAUACUUUCUUUAUUUGGUGAUUCUAUCAUGCCACGCCGGUCUUUGUCUACUUAAGAUAUAAUAUCUCCUGUGUGAGUGAGCUGCUUUUGAACUAUUAAAUACAAUGCAUUCCACA